GCCCUGCCCCUCACCGUCAUGGACGACUCCGAGGUGGAGUCGACCGCCAGUAUCCUGGCCUCUGUGAAGGAGCAGGAGGCCCAGUUUGAGAAGCUGACCCGGGCGCUGGAGGAGGAACGGCGUCACGUCUCGGCGCAGCUGGAGCGCGUCCGGGUCUCGCCGCAGGACGCCCACCCCAUCCUGGCCAAUGGCACCCUCACCCGUCGGCACCAGAACGGACGGUUUGUGGGCGAUGCUGACCUGGAGAGGCAGAAAUUUUCAGAUCUGAAACUCAACGGACCACAGGAUCACAGUCACCUACUGUAUAGUACCAUUCCCAGGAUGCAGGAGCCAGGGCAGAUUGUGGAGACCUACACCGAGGAGGACCCUGAAGGAGCCAUGUCUGUCGUCUCCGUGGAGACCUCCGAUGACGGUACCACCCGGCGAACCGAGACCACGGUCAAGAAAGUGGUGAAGACGGUCACGACGCGGACGGUCCAGCAGGUCCCGGUGGGGCCGGAUGGGCUCCCGGCGGACGGCUCCUCCGUCUCCAACAACUACAUCCAGACCCUGGGCCGAGACUUCCGCAAGAACGGCAACGGCGGGCCCGGCCCCUACGUGGGCCAGGCGGGCACCGCCACCCUCCCCCGGAACUUCCACUACCCCCCGGACGGGUACGGCCGCCACUACGAAGACGGCUACCCGGGCGGGGGCGACAACUACGGCAGCCUGUCCCGGGUGACGCGCAUCGAGGAGCGCUAUCGGCCCAGCAUGGAUGGCUACCGGGCCCCCAGCCGGCAGGACGUCUACGGGCCGCAGCCCCAGGUGCGGGUGGGCGGGAGCAGCAUGGAUCUGCACCGCUUCCACCCGGAGCCCUACGGGCUGGAGGAUGACCAGCGCAGCGUGGGCUACGACGACCUGGACUACGGCCUGAUGCCCGAGUACGGCACGGCGCGCCGCACCGGGACCCCCUCCGACCCCCGCCGGCGGCUCAGGAGCUACGAAGACAUAAUCGGCGAGGAGGUGCCCUCCGACCAGUACUACUGGGCCCCCCUGGCCCAGCACGAGCGGGGCAGCCUGGCGAGCCUAGACAGCCUGCGCAAAGGGGGUCCACCGCCCCCCAACUGGCGGCAGCCCGAGCUGCCCGAGGUGAUCGCCAUGCUGGGCUUCCGCCUGGACGCGGUCAAGUCGAAUGCCGCGGCCUACCUGCAGCACCUGUGCUACCGCAAUGAUAAGGUGAAGACGGACGUGCGGAAGCUGAAGGGCAUCCCCGUGUUGGUGGGGCUGCUGGACCAUCCCCAGAAGGAGGUCCACCACGGGGCCUGCGGGGCCUUGAAGAACAUCUCCUUCGGCCGGGACCAGGACAACAAGGUGGCCAUCAAGAACUGCGAUGGCGUUCCUGCCCUUGUGCGGCUGCUGCGCAAAGCUCGGGACCUGGACCUCACCGAAGUCAUCACCGGCACGCUGUGGAAUCUCUCUUCCCACGACUCGAUCAAGAUGGAGAUCGUGGACCACGCGCUGCACGCCCUGACGGACGAGGUGAUCAUCCCCCAUUCCGGCUGGGAGCGGGAACCCAACGAGGACUGCAAACCGCGCCACAUCGAAUGGGAGUCGGUGCUCACCAACACCGCCGGCUGCCUCAGGAACGUCAGCUCGGAGCGGAGCGAGGCUCGCCGCAAGCUCCGGGAGUGCGACGGGCUCGUGGAUGCCCUCAUCUUCAUCGUCCAGGCGGAGAUAGGGCAGAAAGAUUCCGACAGCAAGUUGGUGGAGAACUGUGUCUGCCUCCUGCGGAACCUGUCCUACCAAGUCCAUCGGGAGAUCCCCCAGGCCGAGCGCUACCAGGAGGCCCCCACCGCCGGCGCCAACCACGCCGGGCCCCACGCCGCCAGCUGCUUCGGGACAAAGAAGGGCAAAGACGAGUGGUUCUCCAGAGGGAAAAAACCCGUGGAAGAUCCAGCCUCAGACAUAGUGGAUUUUCCCAAAAGAACCAGUCCCGCACGAGGGUAUGAACUGCUCUUCCAGCCAGAGGUGGUCCGGAUAUACAUCUCACUCCUCAAGGAGAGCAAGACCCCCGCCAUCUUGGAGGCCUCAGCCGGAGCCAUCCAAAACCUGUGUGCUGGCCGCUGGACGUACGGCCGGUACAUUCGGUCCGCCCUGCGCCAAGAGAAGGCCCUGUCCGCUAUCGCCGACCUCCUGACCAACGAACAAGAGCGGGUGGUGAAAGCAGCCUCCGGAGCCCUGCGCAAUCUGGCCGUGGACGUGCAGAACAAAGAGCUGAUCGGGAAGCACGCCAUCCCCAACUUGGUGAAGAACCUGCCGGGCGGGCAGCAGAACUCUUCCCGGAACUUCUCCGAGGACACCGUGGUCUCCAUCCUGAACACCAUCAACGAGGUCAUUGCCGAGAACUUGGAGGCGGCCAAGAAGCUGCGGGAAACGCAGGGCAUCGAGAAGCUGGUGUUGAUCAACAAAGCGGGGAACUGCUCAGAGAAGGAAGUCCGGGCAGCGGCACUCGUCCUGCAGACGAUCUGGGGUUACAAGGAGCUGCGGAAGCCUCUGGAAAAGGAGGGGUGGAAGAAAUCAGACUUCCAGGUCAAUCUAAACAAUGCCACUCGGAGCCAGAGCAGCCACUCAUAUGACGACAGCACUCUGCCCCUCAUUGACCGGAACCAAAAAGCAGAUAAGAAGCCCGACCGGGAGGAGAUCCAGAUGAGCAGCAUGGGUCCAAAUUCAAAGUCAUCAGAUAACUAUGCCACGCUGAACGAACGGGGGGACCACAACCGGACACUGGACCGAUCUGGGGACCUGGGGGACAUGGAGCCGAUGAAGGGAAACCCCUUAAUGCAGGAGGAAGGGCAGGAAUCUCUGCAGGAGGUGAAUGAGUUGGUUUUGGAUGAGGGUGACGAGUUGUGUUACCCCCACAUGCAGAAGAUAUAACACCACAGCUUCGGCUCCACCUGGGUUUAUAAUAUAUAAUAUAUAUAUAUGUGCAUAUAUAUAUUAUAUAUACUCUUUGUGGUGAGAUGGACUGAUCAUCCCCGUUCCCUCCCACCCACCCCCCGUUUUUUUUUUUUCUUUCGCUGGACUAUUGUGCCAACUGCCGGGCUGCCCCCUGCCCUACCAGUUUUGGGUGGGGACCCCUCCUCAUUCCCCACCUUUUCCUGUGAAACCCCCCCUCCACCCCAACUCCUGGAGAAACCUGACUCAGCCGCUUAAAUAGGACGCCUCGCCAUCUCCGACCUCGUUACGCUCUUUCCAGCUUGCCUUCCCUGUCGGCACUGCCCGAACUCCUGGCCCGAGCGGAAACCGGGGACCCUUUGCCAAAGCCUGCAGAAGAACUGCCCCUUAGGGGCCACGGAUCUGGAUUCUAGCAAAACCCAGACAACCCCGAGGAAGUGCUGUGGACGGGGGGAAGAGGGGAGAAGAACGUUGGGCUUUGGGGAGGGGGAAGAGUCACGGUGGGGACUCUUCUCAGUUUGGUUUUUGUUUGGAUUUGUUUGUUCGUCUCUCACCAAUCCUCCUUGUCCUGAUUUUUGAGUUUGAAAAGAAGAAUGCUGGGAACCAUGGACCGUUUAAUUUGAGGAUGCCCCCAUCCCCCCGCCACGUUUGAAGCAACUCCUUAGAACUGUAAGCCAGGGGGAACCUCCCCACUCUCCCACCGAGGAACUGGGGACUGACCGCCCAAGGGAGUUUUCGGACUCGGUUGCUUCACAGCGUCCCUGGUCCUCACGGCUGUGUGGCCACUGCAGCGGACUGGCCCGGGGCCCGGCCAUUUGGCUACCCUCUGGCCCGGGCAGCAACCGUGGCUCUGGGGAAAAGUUGGGGGGUUUGGGGAGGGGUCUUGAAGGGGCUGUUGAGUGCCAGGUGUCAGGGAGGAGAAGAGGGUGCGGGAGAGGAGAUGGAAUGGCUCCCAUCAGUUAAAGCGUUCACAGAGGAGAGUGGGAGGAAUGUAUAUAGCGGGGCUUGGGUGGGAGUCGCGGUGGGAAGCUUUCAGCUUUUCUUUUUCCUCUUCCCCUUUCAGCUUCUUCUUGUCCUUGGGCCCCACCCCCCAACCACCAACACACACACACACACAUACACACGCCUUCUCUUUCACUUUCUCUCUCCUUAUUUUUCCUCCUCCCCCCGGGGUGGCCGGCUAAGAGUAGGACCCGUAUGUACAUAGCUCCCACCCGUCCUCUCCCCGUGCAGGGGGGCUGCCCCCUGGCUCUGUCUCUCCCAUGUGCCUUUGGCCCGGGGCUCUCCGCUUCCCCUCCACCCCUCUCCAUGUGCCUUUCUUUGCCGCCGCAGCCUCGAUUUUCUGAUGAUUUUUGCAAAUUAGUUUGAAUUCCUCCCCUCCCACCUCCCCUCCGGAGAGGAAGGGAAGAGAAGUAAAGAUCUGGGGUCUUGGGGUGGGUAGGGGAGCCGGGGGAGCCCUAGUGCUGGGUGGAGGGAGAGGCGUUCCCAUUUCGGCCUUAACACAGUCCGUGCGCCACAGUGUGGAAUUGGGAUUUCCAGCAAUAAUCCUUUCUGAUGGAUUCCCUGAAGGGGAGGGUGUUAGUUUUAGGUCUCCAUCAUCCCCUGGAAGCGGAGGGGGAGGUGGAGGGCUGCCUACCCCCAGCCACUGAGGGCCAAGGGCAGGUCAGGGGAGCGCAUUUGGCCACCUCCCCGCUCUCUCCCGAGUCGGAAACCCCGGCUGACACAACUGGAAGACCUCCCCUGAAUGGCUGGGGUUUGGGGGCUAGAGGAGAGAUGUGCAGUCCCUUGCCCUUAGACAUCGGGGGCUCCCCCUCUCCGCCCUCACCCCUCGCUGGCAGAGGGGAGCCCUUGGCACGCUCGGUGGUGAUCCCGAGAGCCCGCUCGCUGCACUGGGGGAGACGCCUGCAGCCUGGGACGACCCCUUGCCCAUCUUUCUCCCUCUCUGCCUCUUAUUUUUCUGGUGCUCUUUUUCUCGGUGGGCGGGGUGGGUAGCAGGGCAGAUCUGGGCUUUGGGGACCUUUUUUUAUUUUUCUUUGUCUGUAAAACACUAACCGAUCAAUUCCAGAGGAACCAAAAAUCCCACCUUCCCACCGAACACUACUCUGGGAGGAUCUCCCAUUCAAUUCUCUGACUCUGUCUUUUUCCAUCUCCUGCCCUCUUCUCUCCUCUUUUUCUCUUUCUCUCGCUCUCUUUCUCUCUCUCUUCUCAUUAACGCUUUUAAGACAAAUGAGUUUUUUAUAUAAAUAAAGUUUUUAAAGUGUGUAUUUAGGGGAAA